AAAACAUUAAACAAAGCAGAAAGAGAGAGAGAGAAAAAAAUGCCUCAUGGAACUCUUGAAGUUGUUCUUGUCAGCGCCAAAGGUCUUGAGGACACAGAUUUUCUGAAUAGCAUGGAUCCUUAUGUGCAAUUCACUUGUCGGACUCAAGAUCAGAAGAGCAACAUUGCAUCAGGACAAGGCACGACUCCAGAAUGGAAUGAGACAUUUAUCUUCAAUGUCUCUGAAGGAACAACAGAGAUAAAAGCAAAAAUCUUUGACAAAGAUGUUGGCACAGAGGAUGAUCCAGUUGGUGAAGCAACCAUUCCAUUGGAGCCUGUCUUCGUGGAAGGAGAUAUCCCACCAAGUGCAUACAACGUGGUGAAAGAUGGAGAGUUCAAAGGCGAGAUCUGGAUCGCAUUAUCCUUCAAACCUUCGGAAAACCGAAGCAGGGGUUAUGAAGAGGAGUCUUAUGGUGGAUGGAAAAACUCUGAAGCAUCUUACUAA